AUUCAUUCGCUAACACGCAGCGGUAUAGAACACUUAUAAAUUCAAAAAUCGAAUUACAAAUUUCCAAUUCAUAAAUCGAAUUGCACUUUUUAAAUUCUAAUUACAAAAAACAAUUCCAUUUUUAAAAAUGAAGAAGUACUCGAUCGUCGGAAACAAGAAGAAGGUGACCAUGGAGACUAACGGCUCUCUACUCAAGGUGGUCGGGAACAAUUGCAUCGUACGCGUCGGCGUCAACCAGGGAGACAUAGAAGUGAUCGGAAACGAUUGUCGCGUCGAAGUUGUGAAUAACUACGGUGUGAUUAACCUGGUGGGCGGGAAUGGAACAGUGAAUAUUGACAAGCGGUGGCGUGGAGACAGAGUGAACUUGCUUGGUCCCAGCUGCCACCUCAUGGUCGCGGGCAAGGAGAAGUCAAUGCCUUCGUACGAGGCUCAGCUAUCGCCGUUCAGCAAGGACCUGGAUGACGUCAUCGAGUCCAUCUUCACAUUCGUGAUGCGGUGAUGGAUUGUGGUGUUCCAAAAGGACUACAUUUUUGUGAAAAUGUGCGCAGUGCUUCGCGUUUUUCGGUGCUUCGGGCCAGAUUUGUGGACGGAGGUGUAACAAGUUGUGAUAAUAAAUGCUUUGAGAUUUA